AGGAGCCAAGCAGGAUGCCUGGGCAGGACAAAGCCAGGGGGUGAGCAUCACGGACGUGGGCUACCUUCUGGAAAAAGAAGCCAGCAUGUAUCCAGGAUCUCUGCGGUGCAACAACCACAGCUUGCCAGCUCAGAACUUUGCUUCCACCACACCUUACAGUGAUUACAUGGGAUAUCAUCAGGUGCAAAACGUGGACAGCCGUGGACAGCCUGCAGGGUCUUGGGGGCUUCACUACAGCACGCCAAGGGAAGAGUGGAAUGCGUAUGGGCCAGGACCUUCCAGCACAGCGACCACCACGAACCUGAGCAGCUCCUCUCCUGGGCAGAUCUCCUACACCUCUGGCAACUACAGCACCCUGAACCCGGCCGGAUUGGGGGCCUUGCCUCCUGUAGAUACCAUUAACACGGAGCAAAUCUCUCCCCACAGUCCGAGGCACAGCUCUUACGAAUGGAUGAGGAAGACAGUCCAAUCCACUUCCACAGGUAAAACAAGAACAAGAGAGAAGUACCGGGUAGUUUACACAGAUCAUCAGAGAUUAGAACUGGAGAAAGAAUUUCAUUACAACAGAUACAUAACAAUCAGAAGGAAGUCUGAAUUGGCUGCAAACUUAAGACUUUCAGAGAGACAGGUGAAAAUCUGGUUCCAGAAUCGCCGUGCCAAAGAGCGGAAAAUGAUCAAAAAGAAAAUCUCUCAGUUUGACGGAAGCAGCGGAUCCACUCAGAGUGACUCAGGCUCUGUCAGCCCAGCUGACCUGCCUGCUACUUUAUUCCCAGCAUCGCGUACAACUAAUGGACUGCAGCCUAUUGAAAUUCAGCAGAUCCCAGUUGCUGACUGA